GCAGCAACCCGGAACCUCUCUCUAAAGCACAGAGUGCAAGGAGGGACUACACACGCAAGUGCAUUACUGAAGACACACUGGGACACAAUUUAGAGACUCCACUGAGUCGAACCCAGGACCCAAGAGUACCAGAGCUGUGUUAGGCGGCAAUAGCGCUACCUUCCACGUCAACGUGCACCGCUUAAAUAAACCCACUGCUCACAAAAUCCUGGACUCAGAUUUACAAAACACGCCGUCUUCACGUCGUUUCGAGGAUAGCCUAGCAGAGAACGAUUCGUCGCCUUUUGGGGAACUAAACACUUUCUUCUUUCGACUGCCUGGGAUAUGACAUUGUAACAAGAAAGCUAUUCUCCAUACGGUUGAAUAUCAAGCACGUAGCCUCAGCAUUGUUAUUAGCGGCAUAAACUCUGCUGUCGUAAUUAACAAGGACUGAAAAAGAUGAGCAUGGCUGAGGCUGGCAGAACAUUUUCGGAAGUGAAGGAUGUAAUACUUUCUGCUCAUAAAGAAUCGACUGUGGAGGAUAAAAUUGGUUUCUAUAAUAACUGGGCAGAAAACUAUGAGCAGGAUGUUGCGAUACUGGAUUACAGGGCUCCCUCCCUGGCUGCAGAGUGUCUGUCUGCUGCAUUCCAGGCAGACAGAGGGAAAGCACUGGUUCUGGAUGUAGCCUGUGGUACUGGCCUGGUUUCCACCUUGUUGCAGAAAAAGGGGUUUCAGAACUUCGCUGGGGUGGAUGGCAGUGAGAAGAUGCUACAACUGGCCAAGAGCAAAGGCCUGUUCCAGGACCUCAAGCAGUGGAUUCUGGGAUCUGCACCACUCCCAGUUCCAGCUGAGUCCUAUGAUGCUGUUGUCAUUGUUGGGGCUCUAGGUGUUGGACAUGUGCCUCUCUCAGUCGUCAAAGAACUGUGGCAAGCUGCAAAGCCAGGUGGUUAUGUGUGCAUGACGACAAGGGGCAACACAUCCAAUAAGGAGUUCAAAGCCCAGCUCGAGUGUCUGCUGAAGGAGAUGGAGAGAGAGGGACUGUGGGUCUGUGUGUCAGUCACAGAAGUGGAAGACUGGGAGAAGGCUGUGUCUGCCGAUGAAACAGGCUACAUACCUGGGUCUGUGUAUCUGUACAGAAAGAGUACGCAAUAAACACAUCUCUGUUGAGAUUCACAGUUCACACUGCCAGCAAAUUAAGAGAAUGGUAUCACUCGUGGAUAUUGUUAUGGCUUGGGGUGAAUGUGCCUUUCUUUUUUCAUGUGUUACUUUAAAUAUCUCAAGAGGAUUACAUUUCCAUCUCAAAUCUGUGAAAAGCAUUUUGUUUUUAAUACACAAAGCAAAUCUGAAGUGUGAAGAAAGCCAGAAUUGUAAUUAAAAAACAAUUGUUCCCACAAAGACAGGCUGUAAAGGUUUAUAUAAAAUAUCCCAAGGUGUGUUAA